CAGCAAGGAGGCAAUCUGAGGUGCUUCUGAGCUUAAACGACUAGGCUCUGACAUUCUGCGUACUCCGUGGCGGAGAAGCUCAGUUCUGAACCUCCACUGCAUUGGCCUUUGGCACUAGACAUAAGCGAUGAGCAAUCCAGAGGCUAUGGCAGAAAACCACAGCGUGGCGGAGCCCGCCAUCGCCUCUGUCUUUGACAUGCUGAUGCAACGCCUGUCCGACUUGGAGCAAGCUGCGGACUUUGUUCGCCGGAAUGAAAUUUACCGCCAGUCCGGAAUACGUGGCCGGCUGUUCCCAGAGCUCUUUGAGAUGAAAGCGGACCGGAUAGUUAAGCAUUUUGAGGAGGACUCUGUCUCAGGUGUCUUUGUUCGCUGUAGCUUGGAGGGGGCAAGCAUGACCAAUCACAUUUUUGAGGGUUUCAUGAAAAGAGGUGAGCAUCAGGACGUCCUUCAACCGGACGUUUUGGACAAACUCAGGAAGAAGUUUGGACAGGAUGCGGACUGCAGCAAGAAGCAGUGGGCCGACCUGGGGACCACCAGACCGGCAGACUUCCCAACAAUCGGGGACGAGGUCACUUCGCGGAUAGUCAGGAAGCAAUUCCCACAAGUCCAGCUUUAUGUCGCUGACGAGGCCUCUGCGCGCUUCUAUCUGUCCUUCAGAGGACCCCAGCCCAUCUUAGAAGCAUGUGUGGUGGUGGAGAGUAUUUUGCAAUUUGUGAGCAUGAAAAGAGAGGGUCUAUCUAUCCACCUUUUCCAACCUCUCAUUGUGCCUCCAAGCGAGCCGGACGUGAGUGCCCCCGAAGUAAGUUUUGCCUGCUUGACUCCCCCCUUGGUGUCCCCACAUCAGAUGAGCCGCAGGUAUUGGGAGGGCGUGAAAGACAUGAUUGGACGAACAUUUGAUCCGCUCAGCAGGCUUAGGAUGAAGGACAUCAUGGUGGAUAUGCUGAGAAACCCGGAUCUUCGGGGCGGCUUUAGUGAUUACGAUGACAUCCGGGCAGAGUUCGCCUGGGAGGGCGUGUCCGAUGUCCUGACGCAACUGGAAGAACUGAAUGUUUAGUGGGUAAAGUACGGUCUCUCGGCUCAACAGCUUUCUGGCUAUGGUUAGGCGUGUUCAAUGACCAGAUCAAUAUAAUGCAUUCCUGGUCGAAUGAGAAUUUGCAAAUAGUGGAAUAGACUGAAAUCAUCAAACGGCUUUCAAGUCGUUGCAUCCGCUUUCAGUAAAUUUAGCUCUGCAUUUGACGUUUCUAGGUUGGAAAGGUCAAGCGCUGGACUCGACAUUUCUCAUCAUCAUACUGCCGCCGCCGCCAUGCAUUUCGUGCCGCAUGUAGCA